UAUUAGACCCCCAUCCGGAAUGUUUUCGGAUCAGUGCGGCAGCGAACGCCCGACGAGAAGGACUGCUCUUCCCGUUUAUCGUCGAGAGAGAAAGACACUAUUUCUUUCUCUCCUCACUAUUUCUAUUGUUUAUGUUGUCCUUUAAAAUUAUAAAUAUUUUUUUUGUUUUAAAAUAAAUUUGUAAAAAAAAAUUUUUUUUGAAAAAAAAAGACUGAGUAAAAUUUUUAUUUUGAUAAGGGAGAAUUAUUUUUUUUUACUUUGUUUUUUUUUCUAUUAUUAUAAAAUAAGGGUUUACAGUGUACUGAUUAAUGUUGUUUCAUUAUUGUAUUUGUUUCUUGGCAAAUUAUAAGAACGCGUUCGCGUGUCCUCUUCGUUAAAGUCGCACAGAGGAACUUUCCGGUUUUAUUUGAAUAAAGUGGUGAACACAACGAGGUGUUUUAUAUAUGUGCAAAAGACAAACUCGUCUGUUGUCCUUCCCUUCGAUACACUAAACAAUACACAAAUUCAGAUAUGAUGCUGAUGUCCGGAGCAUGGUUCGAGGUUGUUGUUGUUGCAUUUUUCACUGUCCUCGUGUUGGCCUCCAGCUACAGAUCAUCAUGGUGGUUUGUCAUCAAAACACUCUGCAAGGAAGUUUCAUCAAAUUCAACGCAACCUAGAAGACGUAGAACGGCGAAAAAUGUCCCCGGACCAUAUCCAUUGCCAUUUUAUGGGACAAUGUGGAUUUACUCCUGUUUUGGAUAUUACGAUAUGAAUAAAAUUCACGACGCUUACAAAGAUCUGAAUCGACGCUAUGGGCCAUUGUGUAAGGAGGAGGGGCUAUGGAAUCAUCCAAUUAUCUCUGUCUUCUCACGACAAGACAUCGAAACAAUCAUCAAACGCGGCUCAAAAUAUCCACUGCGUCCCCCCCAAGAGAUCAUCUCUCAUUAUCGAAAUUCACGUCAAGAUCGUUAUACAAACCUUGGACUCGUCAAUGAGCAAGGAGAAACAUGGCACAAGUUGAGAUCUGCCCUGACACCGGAACUAAUGGGAGCCAAUACUGUCCUUGGAUUCUUUCCGGCCCUCAACAAUGUCACCAAUGAAUUCAUUGAUCUCAUCCGAAGUCGAAGAACUGGUUCAACAAUUCAUGGAUUUGAGGAAAUUGCCUACAGAAUGGGUCUUGAAAGUACGUGUACACUGAUAUUGGGACGUCAUCUCGGUUUUCUAAAGCCAGGUCCAUGUUCAUUGACAUCGAGGUUGGCGGAAGCUGUGAGAUCGCACUUCAUUGCCUCGAGAGAUGCCAAUUAUGGUUUGCCACUGUGGAAGCUGCUACCAACCACUGCGUACAAACAACUGAUACAAAGCGAAGAAGCUAUAUACAACAUUAUUUCAGAAUUGGUUGAGGAAACGUCACGGGUACAAGGACAAGAUGCUCACGACGAAUGCAUCGAAGCUGUUUAUAAAUCCAUCAUGCGAGAGAAAAACCUCGACAUCCGGGAUAAGAAGGCAGCCAUAAUUGAUUUCAUCGCCGCUGGAAUUCACACCUUAGGUAACACUCUGGUAUUUCUGCUUCACAUGAUCGGUAGUUAUCCGGAGGUUCAGAAAAAACUUUACGAAGAAGUAGCAGUUUUGGCUCCUCCUGGCUGCGAUCUAUCCGUUGAUGAUCUUCGUACCGCGAAAUAUUUAAGAGCCUGCAUCACUGAAGCUUUCAGACUUCUUCCAACGGCUCCUUGUCUUGCAAGAAUACUCGACGAACCUGCUGAACUUGAUGGAUAUAGUCUUCAAGCCGGAACAGUGGUGGUUUUGCACACAUGGAUUGCGGGUUUAAAUGACAGUAACUUUAAAGAGGCGAAUAAGUGCAUUCCAGAAAGGUGGAUAAACCCACCAACUCCACAUUCGCCACUUCUUGUCACACCUUUUGGAGCCGGGCGUCGAAUUUGUCCAGGCAAACGAUUCGUUGAACAAGCCCUUCAACUUAUUCUUGCAAAGAUUGUACGAGAUUUCAAGAUCGUCGCAGAAGAUGAGUUGGGUCUGCAAUUUGAAUUUAUCCUGGCGCCAAAGGGUCCAGUGUCUCUCCACUUUCGGGAUCGAAUCGACUUAACGUGAAAUUUUAUCAACAACAAUAACAAGAAAGAAAAAUAAUGAUAAAAAAAAAUUAUCAAGAAAAAAACGCAGAAGGCGUAAAUAAUAAAAAUAAGAGGGAGAUAUUCUUCUUCUUUUUUUUUCUCCAAAAAGAAAAGAAAUCCUCAAGAAAAAAAAAAUGAUGAAAAUCGAAAAAUAUUAUUUAAUAAAAAAAAAAAAAAGAAAUUCUUUUAUAAAGAAUUUUAAAACGACAAGAUUUCAACUCGUAUUAGACAAGAAUUUCUUAUCCGCAAUAGAAAAAUAUUUUCCCGAGAAAAGAAAGAAAUCUUCUAUUAAAAUAAUAUUUUUUAAAAACAAAAUUCAAAAAUCCACCCACAGAAAGACAGAAUUUUUAACGUCUCCUUAAAAAUGAUUUUUUUAACCACAAAAAAAUAAUAAUUCUUUUAAAAAUAGACAUCUUUAAAAGAAAGAAAUCGUUUAAAAAAAAUUAUACACAUUUGUAGAAAUCAAUAAAAGAAGAA